CGCUAGAGGAGCGAGAAGAAAAUGAGUGUGAGAUUGUUUGUGACCACGAGUGUGCUUAUCGCGUGGUCUCAAGUUUGUCACUCGGAAUGCCCACACGUGGCGAUUUCGUUUGCGUCGUUUUUCCUCGUUUUGAGCAGUGAGACAAGAAGCUUGCGGUCAUUAUCAAUCUUCCAAGAAUGCCACCAGGACUCGCGAACCCCUGUCGCUGAGAAAUUUGAAUUCGUCGAAUGCAUGGCCACCUAAACUUCUUUCUUGAAUUCGCAUUUUUAAAAAGAAAAGCAAGAGCCUUGUAGUCAGUCGAACUUUCCUACAUUAUCCAUUGAGUUUGAGGCCGAGCCAUUUACUCAAAUACUUUUUCAUGACUGAAAAACAACCACACCGUACGCGCCGCACACCCUGGCCUUUCAGGCACGAUAGCAACUCGGCAGUUGAAGAUGUUUCGUAAUAGUCACACCGACGCGUUGAUUCUGCUACCGUGCUGGACGACGGUAGUCACCUUCCCUGAACUGUUUUUUUUGGAGAACUGAAGAGCUGCUGAGCGCAAAUCGCCACGGUCAUGGGUGAUCCUGUCUACCAGGGGGCGGUAUUCCGCGUUGUGGUCAAUAAAAAGACGCCGGAGGGCUGGCGCCUUGACGGCGCACGAUGGUAAGCCAGGGGCUAGUACCUGAUUUUUUCAUCACUGCAUGAUUCUUGUACUUCAUAGGGCGUUGUUUUCGUGGGUUGUUUUGUUGCAUGGUUCUGCCCACGGAGUAACUGCUGUCAACACAGUUGAUUGAAUCCGUACAGGUUCACGGACUCCGCUUGUCAGGAGGAGGUUCUUCCGACCAUGGAGUACAUGGUAAAUACGGACCGGACUGCUGCUUAUGGAAGAAGACAGGUACUGCUACGUUGUCCUAAUUCUAGUUUCGAAAUGCUAUGUCAAUGCAUUCCCUAGCUGUGUCGUCGAGAGAGUGCCUGCGGAUGUCGUCUUUUCGGAGCGAGAUCAUGCGAAAUCAAAAUUGCUUUUGCUCGUACGAUAAUCUUUCCAAAUUCCACAGUCUGUCUCAACGCUUCCGUAUCGAGCACCAUGCGACGAUGAUACUGCUUUCGACGCAUGCGGGUGUCGACAACCAUACGCCGGAUUCAACUCAACAACAGACAAGUGCCAGCUGGGCAGCGAAACGGAUUGUACUACUUUCUAUUUUGGUUGGACUUGGAGUUGUCGUACUGCCGCACCAUUGCGUUAUUGAUGUGUUAUGCAGAAUCAGCAACAAAAAAUCCGAAUCUUCAGUCAAAAAUCAAAAUCAGCUCGCGACGAAUAUUAUUGCGCCGAAAAGAAGAUCUUUGCUGCGGACCAAAGGGAUUAUGGCUGUCCGGCUGGAAAAACAAGUUACGAGGCCUGGUUUGAGACCUGGAACACGAAUGUGAAGUGCGUCAAGCUGCGACAGUACUUUUGUUUGAAAUUGGUAUGAUUUUUUGUUUCCAUGACACAGACACUGUCUGUUCUGCUUCCUUUACCCACAACCACGACGCUCGGAGCGAACCGCAAAAUAUCUUCACACCAACGUACUAUUCAGGUCGGUAUCACCGGCAUACCGAGCAACCGAGCUUGCGAUACAGCAGUACAAUAUGACCGUUGAGCGUUUUCAGUCUGCGUUACCGCACAGCUCCGGCAUACUAGCCAUGGCGCCGAAUGGCAGGGAAAGAGCGAUCCCUUUCCACGCGGGGUGUGGAGAUACGUAUCACCUGCCGAACACAACGCAACCAGACGUGCAGCUGGUGUUAAGCAGCGAAAAAGUAUCGGCAAAUCUCGGGAUGGACGCGGUGGGACGAAGAGCGGUCCUUUUCGCGGCACCAGUAGCUGACGGCAUAAAUCUACAGCUCUACUGCACCGGAAAUGAAGACAGUACUCUGUUUUUUUUGAUUUGGAUCUCGUAGUAGGGCAGUGCACUUACAAAAAUACAACUUUUGCUUUUCUUUGAGUAUGAUGAAGUCGCUUUAUUCACCCCCUCACCAGCCCUUUACUCACGUCACAAACAGGCACAGUGCUUUCAGUUACGUGCAAAGAUGGUCAUUGGUCGGAGAUGCAGUCGUCGUCACGCGGAUGCGCUACCCCGCACUUUAUUCCGGCCGGCUUCAACGGCGAGCAGAUAAAACACGCUUACACCCCAGCAAACGACACCAGCGGCGCGGAUUUACUGGGGAUACUUGGAGCCAUUUUCGGCAUCGUCGGCAGUUUGAUUCUCGGCACCUUCAUAUGGCGCGUGUUCUUCCGAAGCGGUGCGGCGCAGCUAGACGGGGAACUGCGAGCGGCCUCACCAGGGAGCGAGGACGGGCUCACCUACAACAUGGCUUAUGAUAACAUGAUGUCCGCCGAAAGAAGCAACGCGCCUGCGCUUGCGGGACCGAAGAGUAUGCUUUUUGACUUGAUCGAUCCUGUAGUUGUAAAUGUAAUCACAGCGGGAAAAAACAUGAUAAAACCUGAAAUGGUUGUUCUCCAAGCUGCAACUUAGUGUAGAGUUUUGAUAUUCCCGAACACAUUUGUUUACUUCAGAAGCGCAAGCCGAACCGCAGGGUAGAUACGGCAGCUGGGACGAUUUUAACACGGUUCCGCCACGCAAAAUGAAGUCGCGGGACGGGGCGCGAAGCACAAAGAUAAACGUGACCAACACGCUGAAUAGGGUCGAGGAAGAGAUGUCAAGAAGCAUGAUCGGCAGGCGGUCCGACAGCGGCGGUUCCCGGUCUCAGUCGCCCGCGAAGCGCACGGCAAGAUCGGAUCGAACGAGGAGUGUCGACGCUGACGUGGACGAGAGUGUAAGGUCCUCGGUUUCGCCGCCCAGAAAACUGAGGCAGAGGCUCAAUACCGCGGGGGAGGACAAGCGGGGUGUGGAUUUUGAGAUGGACAACACCUCCGAAUUCAGCGCAACCCAGCAGUCCGCACCGAGACAGCGCGGUGGCUACAGCUACCGAACGGGGAGCGCAACGAGGGACACGGCGCGGAUGGUGCAGCCGCCAACGAGUAGCAAAACAACGAAUUCCGCAGAGAGAAGAGGCGGCGGCGGCGACGAACAGAAGUCGAAGACGCAGCAGCUACUGGAGAGCUGGGACGGCGGGAAUGCGGACCGACCGAGCUCUGCGGCGCUGAAAGCGCUGCGGGCGAAGACGGACCGAAUUUUGAACAGCGCAAACCGGCCGGCCGGGGCGUCUUUUAUGGAAAAGUCCGCGGAAACGCUGAUGCGAAAAUCGCCGGAAAGAGAACGGGCAGGCGGCCACUCCCGGUCGGCCGCGAGCACCCGGCCGCAGCAGCGGCCCGUCGCGGGCAGUGGCAGUUAUCGCGCAGCCUCCGCAUCGGCGACGACCUACAGUAGCGGUACGGCGCCGACGAGGGGAGAGCAUGUGAGCAUACCACUAGCGCCGAGGACCUUGUCCGGGUCUGGAGCGGGACCGGUGUCAAGCGGUUUGAACCAGCCGGGGGCCACGUUUCAGCACCCUCGGAGCGGCAGCAUUCCUAGAAGCAGUGCGUCCUCCUCAGCGGGUGCGUCAGCGAGCAGCAGCAUGGUGCGCCCACCCGGCGGCUUCACGCAACCCCACGAGCAACAGGAACCAGGAUACCACUCGUCGCGAGCGCGGUCUGGAAGCGGGCAACGGGCAGCAGAACCUGUGAACGACUACUACCGCAUGAAGAGUGCUGGUCGUGGCGGGCCAACAGGACCGCCGCGGCCAGGAAGCCAGUCGCCCGCCGGUCAAGGUUCACUGGACAGAUUUGGUCACGCAGCACCCGGGCACGGGAGGAUACCGAAUCGGGACCGGUUCAACCGCUAGGAGGUGCACCGAAGCAGGUGUCAUUUUGUGUACGGUGAACACCUCCAACUGCAGAACUCUAUCGCAUUUGUUUCCCCGAACAAAACUUAUGUAGUAUAAACACGACCCCUUUACUGCGUCUGUACUCAAAUUCAGAUCCUGAUACAGUUUUCAAACAGGAACAAUCAAACGUUUUCAAUGAUGGAUACUAUCGCAGAGUCCGAUGACUUUCGCUUUCUAUUAACUUUCGCUGAAAAAUCUCGUUUUCACUGCUUUCUAUUCCAUUCAGACAAAAAUCACAAUUAGAGAUCAGACCCGCGAGGCGGUCCGAGACACGAAGAGGAAAAGUUUACGAAUUCAAUUUGCACGGACGCCAAAGAAACCAUUUUUAGGAUUUCCGUAGUUUCAGACCAAGGAACACAAUCUAGCACUUUUUCGUGCUAGAUAAUGAGCUAGCUCUUUUUCGCGAACUUAGACGAACUUGUUGCGCAGCAUUUUUGAAUUUAGACUAGACCCGUUCAACGAACUUCAGGCUGCAACGCAAGAGGGAUGGGAAUCGAACAGGGAACUUUUCAACUUUUUCGCCAUUCGCCUGUUACGGUGAUGUAAACGCAAUCAGCCAGUUCUUG